AUGGAAUCUCCACUGGACGAGACAACUGUUCACCUGUCCACCAAACAAAGAUACUUCACCUCAGGUUCCUCAACAGACAUGCCAGUGAAUGGGCGUGUGCGUCGCUCAGAUCGGAUGCCUGAUAUCACCCAUCUGGAACUGCUGGUGGUUGUGGGGCCUGAUGUUCAGCAGUUUCACAAGCAAGAUACAGAGCGAUACAUCCUAACCAACCUCAACAUUGCCUCUGAGCUGCUGAGAGACAUGACCCUGGGUGCCAAUAUGAGGGUGCACCUGGUUCGCAUGAUCAUCCUGUCAGAGCCAGAGCCAGAGAUUAAAAUGUCCACCAACAUCACCUCUUCUCUUAAAAGUGUGUGUGACUGGGGCAGACGCAUCAACCCAUCUAACGACACCGACCCGCUACACGCUGACCUCCUGUUGUAUAUUACAAGGUAUGACUUGGCACUCCCUGACGGGAACAAGCAUGUCAGGGGAGUAGCACAGCUGGGCGGGGCCUGCUCCACUGAAUGGAGCAGUGUGAUCACAGAGGACACUGGCUUCGAUCUGGGGAUCACCAUCGCCCAUGAAAUUGGCCACAGUUUUGGGAUCAACCAUGACGGUGUUGGAAACACCUGCAGUAGGAGCGGCUUCAUGAUGGCCGCUGACGGAGGCUACAACAGCGUGGACCUGACCUGGUCCCCGUGCAGCCGACAGCAGAUUAUGACUUUCUUCAGUGAAGGCAGAGCAGAAUGUGUAAAAGACUUGCCGGCAUUGGGGGGCUCCUUACAAGACUGGAAACCUGGGCUGUACUAUGGGGUGGAUGACCAGUGCCGCAUAGCCUUUGGAAGCACGGCAAGAGCCUGCACCUUCACUAAUCCUGAUCUGCCGGCUUGUCGCGUUCUGUCGUGUCACGUUAACCCCGGUGAUGACAGCUCCUGCAAACGUCUCCUGGUUCCGCUGCUGGACGGGACAGAGUGUGCUCCUAAUCAGUGGUGUUUGAAAGGGCGUUGUGUGUCCCCAGAUGAUCUUGGCACCUCCGUUGUUGUUCACGGCUUCUGGUCCAGUUGGUCCGAGUUUUCCUCCUGCUCACGGACGUGUGGUGGGGGAGUCACACUCCGCACACGACAGUGCAACAACCCGAGGCCUGCUUUUGGGGGAAAUGAUUGUGAGGGUCCAGAUGUUGAGGCUGAACUUUGUCAUCUGCAGCCUUGUGCGCGCACCCAGCUGGAUUUUAUGGCGGAGCAGUGUUCACAGACAGAUCUUCAGCCCCUCUACCUGCUGCCACAGGCUGCCUCCUUCUACACCUGGAUCCCUGCUCUUGGUUUUGUAAAAGAGGAUGAGCAGUGCAGAUUUAUGUGCCAGUCGGAUGGAGAAAACUUCAUUGUGAGCCGUGGCUCUCAGUUUGUUGAUGGAACACGCUGUGAGUCUGACAGUUUGACUUCUUUUGGCACCAUUGCUGCUUGUCUGAGAGGCAGAUGCCAGCUCUUUGGCUGCGAUGGUGCACUGCACUCUGGGAAAGUGCGGGAUGUCUGUGGAGUGUGUGGUGGCAAUGGAUCAACAUGUACUUUAAAAUCUGACUCCUUUAAUGGUGGCAAGGCCAGAGAGUACACAACCUUUCUUACUCUGCCAGUGAAUGCCACACAGGUUCAUAUUGUCAACAGGGCACCUGUCUUCACUCAUAUGGCCGUUUUAAUUGGAGAUCAGUACAUUGUGUCUGGAAUAGGCACAAUAGCGCUGAAUGUGACCCAUCCCUCCCCAUUGGAUGAAAACCAUAUAAAGUAUCACAUACACCUUACAGCUGAUCUUUUACCUGAGAUGGAAGAACUGAUAGUACCUGGACCACUGACACAACAGAUGGACAUACAGGUCUUUCGCAAAUAUGGAAGAGAAUAUGGUGAAAAAACAAAUCCAAACAUCAGCUAUCAGUUUUAUGUCCCUACAAAAAACAGCAACUUGACUGAACCCAUUUUGAGAGGCAAAUGGACUGCUGUCACAUCACCUUGCUCCGUCUCUUGUGGAUCAGGUGUGCAGAAGCUUGAUUAUGUCUGUGUGGAUGAAAACACCAACAUCACUUUGCAGGAACACCACUGUAAAGCGCCUGCUCCAGAGAGACCACUCCACACAACCUGUCAGCUCUCGCCCUGUCCCCCCAGGUGGGAUGUUGGAAAGUUUGGGACUUGCAGUGCCUCCUGUGGAGGUGGAGUGAGGGUGCGUUCUGUCCAAUGUGUUCAAAAACUUGGGUCUGAUGUGGUAAUGGUUCCAGACUCUGAAUGCUCCUCUCAAACUGCUCCACACACGACUGAAAAGUGUAACAUGCACCAUUGUCCAGCUAGAUGGCAUGUGUCAGAGCCAGGGGAGUGCUCAGCAGUGUGUGGGCCAGGAGAAGCAAAACGAGCUGUAUCAUGUGUGCGGCCAGAGAAUGGUCAGGAUAUUGAAGUGGACCAAAGAUUUUGCUCAAAGCUCAGCAUGCCAUCAGAUUCUGUGCCAUGUGUGGUAGAUGUCUGCCCCAUUGGCUGGGAAUCCAAAGGGGAGGAGGAUCGCAUUUUAAAGUCUGGUUUGUCACCACGCUCCAGACAGACCCCUGUGUAUGUUUGGAGUCCUGUUAUCGGCCAAUGCUCAAAGACCUGUGGCAAUGGAACCCUCCAAGUUUGGUUUUCUUGUGUGGACCACCAUACAAGACUGGGGGUCCCGGACUUCAACUGUGAUGCUUCUACCAAGCCUAAUCCUCAGUCUGAGAUCUGUGGCACUUCUCCAUGUCCUGCUAUGUGGCGCUCUAAGCAAGGGGUGUGCAGUGUAACAUGUGGAGGAGGGGUAGCCAACAGGGUGCUGUACUGCGCUCUAGAGGCAGAGGGAGAAGAGGAGGUGGUAGAGGAUUAUCAAUGUAGCAGCUUUCCCAAACCCACAGCAGUGGUUGCCUGUAAUACUCACAGCUGCCCUGCCCGGUGGAAGGUUCUCGGGACAUCGCCGUGCUCCGUGUCCUGUGACCUGGGUGUGGCUCAGCGGAACGUGUCCUGUGUUCGUUUUAUUCAUGGGAAGGAGAGCGUGGUUCUGGAUGAAAGCUGCCAUGCAGCCGUCAAACCAGCCACUACGGUCCCCUGCCUGGUGCAGGUCUGCACCUUCAGGUGGGAAGUGAAGCAAUGGAGCCAGUGUUCAGUCCCCUGUGGAUACGGAAUCCAGUCCAGAGCCGUUUCCUGCAUGGGGCCCUCCAAACCAGAGCCACUCAGCCCUCUGUUUUGUAUGCACAUGCCCAAACCAAUCACCAUCCAGGGCUGCCAAAUGGGCAGCUGCAGCGAUGCAGUCUCCGACACCACCACUGCAAUCACGAUUAGUCUUACAGAGAGACCUCUUCCACCUCCCACUACGGCCCAUACAGAUGCAACACAGCAACGCAUACGGCUUCUUCCAGGUCCAACAGAGGCAAUAACCAGCUCCAAAACUGCCACGGCCACUCCAGCUCCUGAACCCAGUGCAUGUGGACAACUCCUCCUGGAGGAGUCGGGCACGGUGGAUUUAAAAAACGUCACCAGUCGCUGCACAGUAGCCAUAGGUCGACCCCUUGAUGAGGUCAUCCACAUUAAAGUAUUAUCAAGCUCCUUAAACUGCAGAAAAAAGGAGUAUGUAGGACUUUUUGAUCGCUUGGCUUUCAUAAGGAAGUGUGCACAGGUGGCGGGUAGCGAACUGACCACCAGAACCAAUGUCCUGCUUGUGCGUCAAAAUCUGUUCACUCCUGGAAAUGGCAUCGUGUUUGCCUACAGUUCACAAAAGAACAUGAAGAGGAGCCAUCAUCAAAAUUGCGACGUUCAGCUGUUUUCCUCCAGUGGCAUGUUUGAGAAUCCAGUAACGUCAAACACAAACCACACCUGCCGAGUGCUCAUCAACGCGCCUCCUUCAGUGAAGAUCAGAAUCCAAGCGCUGCACAUAGGAUUAGUAUUCAACGCCAGCAACUCCCAGUCCACCUACAUUAUGAUCCGGGACAUGGAUGUCUUAAAGACCAAUGUGUUUAAUGGCCACCAGCUGUUCCUGUGGCACUCCUCUGGAAAUAUGGCAGAGGUUGAAUUUCAUGGAGACUACCUGCAUUCCAAAGGGACCUUCAAAGCUGAAUAUUCCUUUGUGGGUCAAUGA